UUCAACCUGCACCUUCCUACCUACCACACCCCUAGGGUGUACGUACCGAAAAGUGGAGUUUUUUCCCAGUUGUAGCUAUGCGACUCCGUAGAUAAGACCCCAUGUACCUAAUGGUAGAUAUUCUUUUUAUCACAAUUCUUUUACAUACCUCUCUCUCUGUCUCUCUUCUCCCUCCCUAGCGCCAAAUCGGAAUUCAUUUCUACUUCUUCACUAAAACGACCAACGACAUCUUCGCCUCCUUUCUUCCCCUCCCCCCGCCAAAACAUCUAAAGCACGAAUAGUCCUAUCCUCUCGAGGAUACGACCCCUAUCGGGAGGGGGAUGAAUGAGGAUCUCCAGCGGGAGGUGUAGCCCGCGCCUCCUGAGAUCGCUUGCGACCGCCCUCUCCGCUCCCCGCCGCGGGGGCUGGUGUGGCUUUUCCACGGGGCUCGCUGCGGCGAGUCUCAAGACGAUGGACGGGGACCGGCUCGCGUACGAGCGGUGGACUAAGGCGGCGCUGAUCGCCCGGGUGCGGAAGCUGGAGGAGGAGCUGCUCCGCGCGGGGGGGGCCCAGCCGCCGGAGGAAGGCGGCGAGCUCGCCGCAGGCGGCCCGUCGGACAGCCAACCGCCGCCACCGAAGAAGAAGAAGGUCGCGCGCAAGAUCGACGCGUCCAAGUACUCGAUGCGGCUGGUGGCCUUCAAGCUGGCGUACCUGGGCAAAGACUUCGGCGGCUUCGAGUUCUCGGCCGACGCCAACGCGCCGUCCAUCGAGGAGGAGCUCUGGAACGCCCUCGUCAAGGCCUGCCUCAUCUUCCCCGAGCGCCCCGAGGUCGUCGACUGGGAGCCCUGGGGCUACUCCAAGUGCGGCCGCACCGACCGCGGCGUCAGCGCGUUCGGCCAGGUCAUCGCGCUCCGGGUCCGGAGCAACAGGCCCUUGAGACGCGAGGAGAAGCUGGCGGCGGCGGCGGCAGCGACGCAAGCAGGCCUAGGGGCAGGAGAAGGAGGUGACGAGGCCGAGCAAGCUUCCGAGUGCGAAUUCGACGACGUCCGAGACGAGCUUCCGUACUGCCGGAUGCUGAACCGGCUCCUGCCGCCCGAGAUCCGGAUGCUCGCCUGGUGCCCCACGACGCCGGCUGACUUUUCAGCGCGGUACGACUGCGGCGGGCGGCAGUACCGCUACUUCUUCACGCAGCCGGCCUUCUCACCGCUGCCAGCGCAUCUCGAGAACCCAGAGCUUGCUGCCGCCGGCGUCGCGGGCGCCGCGGUCAAGGGCGGCUGGCUCGACAUUGAGGCCAUGCGCGCGGCUGCCAAGAAGUUCGAAGGCGUCCACGACUUCCGUAACUUCUGCCGUGUCGACGCGAGCAAGGUGACCAUGAACUUUGAGCGGCGCAUUUUCGAGAGCGACAUCGUCGAGCUCCCCGGCGCCGAGACGGGGCUGCCGCACCUCGACCGCGACGAGUUCCGGCCGGACGCCGCCACGGGCCUCGUGCCGCCGGCGUCGGCGCGCCGGGCCCCGAGCGUCUACUACUUCCACGUCCGGGGCCACGCGUUCCUGUGGCACCAGAUCCGGUGCAUGGUGGCGGUGCUGUUCCUCGUGGGGCAGGGGCUCGAGGCGCCGUCGAUCGUGGACCGCCUGCUCGACGUCGAGGCGGAGCCGCGGCGGCCGAGCUACGUGCUCGCGGACGAGGUGCCGCUCGUGCUGUGGGACUGCGUGUUCCCGCGGGACGGGGUGGCAGACCCCACGCGUGCGCUCCGGUGGGUGUACCUCGGCGAGGAGAACGCCCAGGACAGGUACGGCGCGACGGGCGUCGCGACCCGCGCGUGGGAGCACUGGCGCGAGCGCAAGAUGGACGAGAUCCUGUCGGCGCAGCUGCUCGGCGCCAUCGCCGCCCAGGUCGACGGCGCAGAGGGCCAGCACCGGUCGGCGCCGGCGCGGACCCGCCCCACGCGCUGGGUCUUCGAGGGCGGCAACACGGCCCGCCAGGCCGGCCGCUACCAGCCCGUGCUGGAGAAGCCGCGAAUCCCCGCGCCCGAGGAGAUCUUCGACCGCGAGGCGCAGAAGAAAGGCUACGCGUCCGCCGCGGACAUGAGGGAGGCGCUCGAAAGGAAGAGGGUCGCGGCGAGGGAUCUCGCUGCCGCCGAGGCCGAGGCCGAGGCAGCCCAGGUGGAGGCGCCUGUGGCGUUGGACCAGGCGUCCGGAUAGAAGAUAGAAGAACUGGGUCAACGAUCCAAGGAAUGAAUAUUAAGGAUGAAAUGAUAGAUUAUGUACAAGACAACCCGUUGACACUGUAUACGGAUGCCGUGUUUCAGAUAUAUCCUUGUGUAUCCCCCGAGUAACUCCACGCUCCACCCAAUGGCAAAUUAUAGGUACCUAAUAACAAUCCGCCAACCUGUCCGCGUCUGCUUUUCUAGCGUCCUCGACCAUCUGCGUAUCGUUCCGAACUAGCCAUCUGCGGCAUUCCCCACCGUUACGCUAUCCUACUCGACCUGCAGAUCCCGGCGGCGGGCCUUCCAGACUCGAGCGCCCUCGGGCGGGGGCAGGGAGGCGGCGGGGGCGCGAGGAGGCGGAGCAUCGGUGUCGUAGAGGCACUCGCGGACGCCGCGCCAGACGGCCUCGAGGAUGCGGGGGCGGGGGAGGAGGCGGGGGAAGACGAGGAGGAGGUCGUCCUCGCCGUCGACGACGACGGCGAGGUAGUGGCGGACCUCGAAGCCGCGGAAGGCCUCGUGGAGGAGGACGUCGACGAUCUUGGCGGUGGGGACGAAGCGGGUGCGGCUGCCGCCGUCGGCCGCCGCCAGCGCCGCCAGCACCGACGCCCCGCUCGACCGCGUCUGGAUGCCCAGCCCGCGCAGCACCAGCAGCCGCUCCUCGGCCCCGACCCGCCGCGACAGCGCCCACAGCGCCGCCGCCGC